CACUGAAUUAGCUGAAAACCGCACACUUUCACUGGAACUGAAGUGUGAGCUCCACAAAAAUGAAGCUUCGCUUUUUACUUUGCCUGUGUAUUGUGGGAGCUCUUGCACAGAGCGACUAUGAUGAAGAUGAUGGAGCGGAAGACAAAAAAGAUCCUAAAGAAAUCCUAGAUCCCAGAGGUCAUCGUCCCGUCAGUAGAGGUCGUGAGACGUACUCCGCAGGCCCGGCAGCCCCACCUCCCAUUAGUGGGGGAAGCCGUUACCGGGGAAGACCAACUGCAGCACCGGUGGGAAAACUUGUGCUGGAGAAGGAAGAGCAGCCAGAUUCUGGUGGAUGUAACCACAUGUCUGAGAAAAUGGGUGUGUUGUGUCCCACAGGUUGUGAUCUAAAGAAAACCCUCCAGAAGCAAGAACGUAACGUGAGGCCAACUGUAGAUCAGCUCAAACGAUCUGUGGAUGAGCUGACCCAGUCCACCAACUCUGUCUAUGGCUACGUCUUGGAUAUGACCACAGAAGUAGCACAAAGACAAAGAGUCAGCGAGGGCAAUGGUUUGCUGGUUGGUCAGUACACAGACAGCCUAGAGACCCAGCAUGCUUAUAUUAAGGACGCUGUGGACAUCACCUUCCCCCAGAACAUCAAAAUCCUACAGGGUGUGCUUGACAAGAUCCGUGAGAAGAUUCAGCGUUUGGAGAAAGCCAUCACUGCUCAGAGGGCCAAGUGCCAAGUGCCUUGUAAAGUCAGCUGCCCGAUUCCUGUGGUUUCUGGCAAGGAGUGCGAAGAAAUCAUUCGCAAAGGAGGAGAGGAAUCUCAGAUGUACCUCAUACGCCCUGAUCCACUCGGCAUGCCUUACAAGGUCUUUUGCGAUCAGACAAGUAAAAAUGGAGGUUGGGUGCUCAUCCAGAACCGUAUGGAUGGCAGUGUUGAUUUUGGCAGGCGUUGGGAUGACUACCGAAGAGGAUUUGGAAACAUUGCAUUUGAUGUGGGCAAAGGCCACUGCCAGACUCCUGGCGAGUACUGGUUGGGUAACGACCGUACUAGUCAGCUUACAAAGAUGGGUCCCUCUGAGCUUCUGGUCGAAAUGGAAGACUGGUCCGGUUCAAAGGUCUAUGCUCAGUAUGAGCAGUUCACUGUGCAGGGCGAAGCCACCAACUACAUCCUAGCAGUUGGUCGUUACUCAGGAACAGCUGGGAACACAUUUUUGGAUGGUGCAACAGAACUGUUUGGAGAGAACCGUACCAUGACCAUUCAUAACGGCAUGAUGUUCAGCACCUACGACAGAGAUAACGACAAAUGGAUACCUGGAGAUCCUUCUAAGCAGUGUUCAAGAGAAGAUGGAGGAGGAUGGUGGUACAACCGAUGCCACUCUUGUAAUCCUAAUGGGCGAUACUACUGGGGAGGAUCUUAUACAAAAUAUAUGGCCAAGCAUGGGACAGAUGAUGGCAUCGUGUGGAUGAACUGGAAGGGCUCAUGGUAUUCGCUCAAAUCUAUCAGCAUGAAGAUCAGACCUUUCUUCAAACAAUAAUAAAACUUCAAGUAAACUGAAAUGAGAUGCAGUAGAUUUCUUGAGCACAUUCCUAUUCAAUAGCACUCAUUUAAUUUAGGCUUUUUUGAGAAUAGGAGGAUAAUAAAACCUGAACCUAAACAUUUCAAGAGACACAGUUCAUAUAUGCAUAAAAAAAGAAUGAAUUAACUUGAAAAGUUUGAGACUGUGUUAUUGAAAAUGUAUUAAAAAAACAUAAGGAUAAAAUGUAAAACAAGAUGUAACACAAGGACUGUAACAAGGAUUGUAAGGAAUGUAACACAAUCUGCCUAAUUCUCAUUAAAGCUGACCUAUAAAAAA